GCUCUGCUGGCUGCAACACAUACUGAGCUGAUAAAGAUGCUAGCAACCUCUCUGACAUAUCGACAGGACAUUUUGGGAUUGUAAGUAACAAUGAGAAAGCGGGUUACAUUUGUUGAGCAGCUGAAAAAAGAAAACCUGUUAAAAAAUGGAAGCGGUCACAUCCUAAAGAGGACUACAGAAUCUAACAACAGAUGCACAGAUGGCUUUGAAUGUCAGCAAGUGAGGGAGAUGUACAGAGGAACACACACAAAUGUGUCUGCAGGCGGUCAGCACAUGAAGACGAUACACAUUCCCAAAUCUCUGAUGUCUGCACCCUUCUUACAGCAUCCAGCCCUUACAGCCGGACAGAGGCGCUACCUUUGCAGUAUCGCAAACAUUUACAGUACAGAGCACAUGAGGCAGCAGAUGAAGCAGCACUAUCUCAAAGUGCUGCGCACAUGCGUUCAGUCAGGUCAGAAUCCCACCUGCAGAAGGAGGUAUGGAGAUCAUCAGCAUAGAGAAAAUAGUGUGUUUACAAAGGAUGCAGAGAAGGAUGUGGCAAGGGCAAAGCCUCAAGGGCAGAGGAAAGGAAACAGCAGCAGCAGCACUGCACAUUCUGAUGUCAUACUUCCAAAAAUAGUCAACAGAUGACAUAUAUGAUGGCAACUGGGUUUACUACAACCUUAUAGUAUAGAUAGUAAAUGUUUAUGUUGAUCUGUGUAUCAACACCUGUUGUAUUAUUGCAGAAAUGUUCAAAUAUGACUUUAAUGUCCCUAACAGAGAAUUGUGUGCAGUCAGUUUUACACAGAACUACACACAAGCACUACUGCAUUAAGUGUUACAGUACACAUCAUAUUUACAUGUUCUGAAGCAGUUAUCAAUGAUUAUUUGUUUUAAUUUGUACCUGACAGUGUAACAUGGUUUUGAAUUAUACACUUUAUUAAUAUGCUAUUUUUUAAAUCAUUGCUGUGUGUGCUCAUUAAGUAAUCCAGUAAGUGUUUUAGUGUGUUCUUUCUAGUGUGACUGAACCAUUGACACUAUAUAUAUAUAUAACUAUUAUUAAAACUACUAUAGCCUGAA